CAUUGGAUGAUAUGAGUCGUGACGUCAUGGUUGUACACAGGAGGUGGAUCUUCUCAGCUCUGUCCGGCGUAUGGAGGCAACAUGUCGGCAAGGAGAGAACCGAGUGGAGGAACUGCGUCUGUGAAUUACAUACCGAAAACCUAACGAAAUACUACCGAGCCGUUCAGAGAGGUGGCGUUUUAUGCGACAGUAAAGCAACUGCUGGGGUUACUGUGUUUUUGGAACCGUCAGUGGAGGUCGAAUGGACGGAUAAAGGAAGCCGGUUCGAAUCGAAGAAGCAGCCGAGCAGCACGCGACCUGAGCCGGCAGGAGGAGGACGAGUCUGCGUGCUGAGAGACAGACUGCAGGGGAUGUUAUCCGUGCUGUCUUAUGGCAGACUGGUAGCCAGGGCUGUCCUGGGCGGACUCUCUCAGACGGACAGUCGGGACUACAGCCUGAUAAGUGCCAGUUAUGGCUUCGGGAAAGAUUUUCGCAAAGGGAUCCUGAAGAAGGGGAUGAUCUACGGGGACGACGCCUGCUUCAUCGCGCGGCACAGGAGUGCCGACGUUUUGGGCGUUGCAGAUGGAGUUGGUGGUUGGCGUGACUAUGGCGUUGACCCGUCUCAGUUCUCAGCCACCUUAAUGAGGACCUGUGAGCGACUGGUGAAGGAGGGUCGCUUCACUCCCAGUAAUCCAGUGGGCAUCCUGACCUUGGGCUACUGUGAGCUGCUACAGAACAAAGUUCCCCUGCUGGGGAGCAGCACAGCAUGUAUUGUGGUUCUAGACCGCCGGAGUCACCAGCUCCACACGUGUAACCUUGGUGACUCAGGUUUUCUUGUGGUACGAGGAGGAGAGGUGGUGCACCGCUCAGACGAACAACAGCACUAUUUUAACACACCCUUCCAGCUGUCCAUCGCUCCUCCAGGAGCAGAGGGAGUGGUGCUAAGUGACAGUCCUGAGGCAGCUGACAGCUCUUCCUUCGACGUGCAGCUGGGGGACAUAAUCCUGACUGCGACCGAUGGCCUCUUUGACAACAUGCCAGAUUACAUGAUUCUUCAGGAGCUCAAAAAACUCAAGGCCACCAACUACGACAGUAUCCUGCAGACUGCACAGAGUAUUGCAGAGCAAGCUCACGAUUUGGCCUACGACCCCAACUAUAUGUCCCCUUUUGCACAGUUUGCAUGUGACAAUGGCCUGAAUGUAAGAGGAGGGAAACCCGACGAUAUCACAGUGCUGCUGUCCAUUGUCGCUGAAUAUACAGACUGACGUGUGAAUGUGUGCGCUUCUCAGCCUGAGUCUUCCACUUAAAGCCCACCAAACCACGCUGUGCCCUGUGAGCCCACAGGGGGCACCCGCCACUGACGUGACACACACUCCCCGCCGCAGGAUGCUAAUGUCCGUCCGUGUGACUUUUUCUUUUUCCUGCUUUGUUUUGGUGCUUGUACAGUAGAACAGAAGUUGGCUGCUUGUGCGUUUUCAUGUUGACCAUGAUACAGAAGGAGCUGAGCUAAGAUGCACCUCUGUGCACGGUGAUGUGACUGUCUGGGACGGGUUGGGUUGACCGGCAGAAUAAGGCUGCAGGGCUUCAAAAUCCAGAAUGUCUCUUGUUCAAAAAGGUGAUAAAGGAAUAAGCCAUGACUCUGGUAUCUUUAGGGUAGCUCUAGCGUUGCCUGUUGAACUUGUAGUUUGUUGUAGUUAUUCUUUGCGUUUGAGUAGAAGGAUUUAGAUGAAGUGAUGAGGCUGGUGUUGAGCGUGGAGGUGUAUUCGUGAAGAACAAAGUGAGAAUGUGGCUGUUGUCUUGUUCUGAGAAUGUAUGAUGAUGAAGUGGCCUGACUAGUCGUUUCUACGCUUGUGUCACUGUAAAACAAAA